AGAGCCACCUGGCGGCGGCGGGGGGAGACACCGGCCACCUGGAGGAGGUAAACACCAGCUGUCACGCCGCUGGUCCACCAUGACUUCCCACUUGUGCAAUUUUUAUUGAUUGGUGGAUUCUAAUUCCAAGGUCCUUUUCUUCAUCAAUCUACUGCAAGGACUAAAGUAACCUUCAAGAUCACCCUGACCUCUGACCCCAAACUCCCAUACAAAGUCAGAUGAAGCCUGACCUGAGCUGAUUACAGUUGUCUACUGAGGAGGGAGGAAGGCUGUUUGUUCAGCAGAAGCAAGAUUAUCUUCUUGGAUGAUAUCAAGUUUUCAAAUUAAUGUUAUUAGCUAAGGAGCAACAAGUACUCCACUGUAGUGCACAAUUUUGUCUUUUUAAUGCCAUUUUAAUUCAAUCUGUUAAGUCGAUUAAACAAUUAUUCUAUUAGAAAAUAUAUUUUCCAAUGUUAAUGAUAUGUAAAUAGCAUAAGAGGAACAAUGACACCUGUUGAGGAAAGUGGCUGAUGAACCCUGUAGCAGGUGAAGCUAUAAUGAUCUUGCUACAGGGACACCCUCACAAGUGGAAAAUUGCAUUCAUACUGACAAGAAGUUAAUUGCUUGUAUCAUCUGUACUAGGAGAACAAAACCUGUUGACAAAUCUGAGUGCUCAACAUGUGGAAGGAUGUUCUCCACAACAUGUUGUACUUUAUGCAUGACCUCCUUCCAGCUGCUGCCAGUAAAGCCACCUGGACUGAGGAUGGCAUUAACAAAGCAGUGUCCUGGGCUGCCUACUGUGAGAGAGCAGCAAGGAAAUUUCAGCACAACGACAGCAUGGAAAUUGCACUCUCUCGCCUAGCUAGGCAAUCCCAGUGGGUACUGAAGUUGCACGAUCUCCAGAAUGCUCGUCAACUUCUACUUGAACUCUUGUUGCAGAACCAGUUAUUGGACUCUGAUGUGAAGGAGCAUAUCCAACACAUGGCUCGCACAUCUCUGGGGCCAAAUCUUACCACUAUGCUCAACGAGAAAGCCUCACAGCAACAAGAUUCAUAUAAGCAACUAUUAAGUACACUAAGAGAAUCAACUGACAAUAAUAUAAAGAGAAGACUGGAAAUGAGGUUAAUGCUGGAAGCUGCCAACAGUUCAGGACACGAGCAGGUGCAGAACACACUCUGCAAAAUAGUCAUGGAGCCGAGUGGAAUUUCAAGGAUCCUUGAGGUUAUCAAACUUGAUGAUAAUGAAAAUUGUAGUUUAGGUCCACGGAUAAUUGACUGGUUUGAAGGUGUGUUGCAGUCUCCUCAAGACAGCAGACAUAGGAGUGUGGUCCGUGGCAUCUGUACUCUCCCAUUAGCAUUAUUAUGUGAAGUUUUACGGUACAGUUCAAAUCUCUUUAAAUUAGUCCUUUCAACUCUGAACAAAGAGGUACAAAAAUUAGAACCUUACUAUAGUUCUGAAGGCUGCUGUUGGAUGCCUCAAAAUCCAGCUACUUCCAUCCUAAGCUACCAUGAUUUGGUGGGUGUGUAUGCAUCACUAUUACAAAAUAAGGAACUAGCUAAAUAUGCACAUGAGGCAGUGUGCAGUUGGUGUUUACAAGACGGCGGGGCUACGUGGCUAGACAUAAUCAGAGAUGCAAAUUCCGACAUAAUGCGCCAUUCAGAGACGCAUAAUGGAUAGUCUUUUUGCAAGAAAAGUCUAGUAAUGUCGGUAACAUUUUCAAUAUAAUGUUUUAAGAUACACAUUUUCAAUGAAAAGCUGUACAAUGGUAACAUUAUUAAAUUUUCUUGGUAAUGGGCAGGUCUUAAAUAGUAUAGUAUUGCACUAGUAUACUGUACUGUACCUAUUAUUAUUAUAUAUAUAUUGCACCUAUUCCAUUUCAUCUCUGAAUAACUGCAGCUUAAAUGCUAGGCCUUGGGUCUAAAUUUGUUUAAUACAAAUACAGUACUGUACUAUAUUACAUUUUGUACAAUUCAUUACUAUACUGUAUUUGUUAAAUAUCAUUGCCAUUCUCUAUUUGUCCUUAACCACCGUGCAGUGCAUAAAAAAGGUGUGCCUUUAAAUAUCAUAAUACAAUGGAAAGAUGAAGAACUAUUAUGUAUCACUGAUUUUGUAGUUUUCUACCAGUUAUUAGUAAAGUGGAACCUCGAGUGACAAGCGGCUCCAUCUACGAGCAUUUCGGGUAACGAGCAAGCCCCUCAGAAAAUUUGUCUCUAUUGACGGGCUUCUGCUCAGUUAAUGAGAAAACCACGUGGUGCUUCCUAGCGUUCCCGCUGGUUCUUGGACGCCUCCGACGACAGUGUUGUUUCGCAAGACGAGUGUUUCACAUGACGAGCUCGGUGCUGGAACGGAUUAAAUUAGUUAACUGAGGUACCACUGUAUAUCUACACUUGGAAAAAUUAGUGUUAGUAGUGAUAUAACUGAAAAUUAUUCGGUUUGAGAGACUUUUGAGCUCAUCAUGGUUCAGUUGGUAGUGCAUUGCCCAGAGAGUCCAAGGACAUAGGUUCGAUCCCAUAGCAUGACUUAGAUGUUUUCUCAGACACAUCAAAUUCUUGUGAAUUCAUUGUGCAUAAGUAUCUUUGUCAAGAAGUGUUUUUAAGGCUGAUACUUUACAUAAAUGCCAUUUCUCUCACGAUACAACUUGCAUGUGUUGCUGUAGCAUCCCAGACAUCAUGCAGUCGCUAAGCCACAUUAUAUAAUAUAGUUUGAGCUUCUCUUAAGAUUUGUGAAAUUUGGUGUUACAAUAGAGCAUUUAAAUUAUAUUUUGAUAAUUAUCUUGCUGUAUUUUUAUAAAAAAUGUUAAUGCUGAUUAGGUUUACAAAUUUAUUGCUUUUCUUUUCAUUUUUGAUAAUACAGUACUCCUAUUAUUUAUUGAUACGUUAUGGAUUAAUUUAUUCACAUUGCAUUAUAAAAUUACUAAUUCCUCUAAAAUUUUCUAUUAUAAAUAUUCCAUUCUAUUUUAUAAUAAAAUAUGAUAAAAUAGGCUGUUUCAAUAUCCCGAGUAAAAUGUUUCUAAACUAUGAAAUUGGGUCAGUGGCAGGUAAUAUAGCACGUUAUAGUAUAGUAGUGUUACAAGGUAGGUAAUAUAGUACAUUAUAGUAUGGUAGUGUUCAAC